AAAAAGUUCUGCCUGCAUUUCUAGCGAAACAAUCACGUUUGGUAGGAAACGAAGCGGAAAUUAAUAUUUCAAGGUUCGUAAGUAAGAAGAUAAAAACUUUCGUGCUACAAUUGAUUUAAAAGAAGCCUUUGCAGCGCACAAUGCAAAGCAACUAUCACACGUUCUUAAAAUCCGGAACUCAUCGUUCAUAUCACAGUACAGCUUUUCUUGAGCAAAGCUUAACAUUAUUUGUUUAGGCCUCAAAGAAAUAAUGAGUAGCAGUACACUGAUAGAAGUGUUUGGUCAUAUCGUGUUCCGUUUUACACGAGGAGUCACAGAGCACUACAACCCACAAGAACCUGAAUACACGGCACAGUCUUUUGGCUACGAUCCUCUACAAAGCACAGGUCGAGAAUGGUAUUAUCAUCCUGUUGACGAGCUUAUUUAUCAAGAAUACGGCGACAGAGAAGCCACAAGCUUGGACUAUCUAGCGUCUAACCACCCAGAUGUAAAGGUUAUAAACGCGUGUUUGCCGGAGGAAAACRAAGAAACRGAGGAAGAUCAACAAGAUGAAGAUAGAGCAAUGGCUUGGAAGCGACUCAGACCAUCCGCUCUCCGUACAGUUUGCAAGUCAAUGUACAUUGGAGCUUUGAUUUCACUAUUAACGGCGAUCAUCAUAGGUUCAGUAUACAUGUUGAUCUCAUACUUAUGUAGUAAAACUAUAAGUAACUGUGAAUUUCAUCCAAACACGUCCAUUCCAUUAAAUGUACAAUGGAUGAGAUCAAUUUCGCUUGUGAUAAGUUACUCUAUUUUACACUUCUCGACCUUUGUGAGUAUGCUAUUUCUUUUUCGUCCAUAUCAGUUAAUGGGCGUGAAAAGGAAAGUCUUCUUAGUUCUCUGCUUUGGAUAUUGUUUGGACGCAUUUUAUAUCAUAGCUCUACAAGCCCUGGGAAUAUCUCAUUCUAAGCCAUCUUCUUUACAACUGAUUCCAAGCGACGUUAUUGGUGUUAUAAGUCUAUGUUUACAAGUUUAUUUUGUAACGAAUCACUUUUGUAUACGACGAACAAGGAAAAGUCACGUCAAGUUUUUCUUUCAAAUGACAGUUGCCUAUAUUUCUUAUUUAAUUCUUGCCAUUGCUGUGGGUAUAAUGAUUUAUCCAGCGUAUAACAAACAAGGCAAGGAUGGUAAACUUGUAAUCGCACUUUUCUCUCCUCUCAUUGGAGUCCUUCUCAAAGUAAUCCCGCGAGUUUGUGUUCAGCGGUUAUACUCGAAAUGUAUUCACCCGGGAUAUUCCUAUGUCUUACUAACACCACUGUACUGUUGCUCAGCCGUUAUGUUUCGAAUUUUACAAGCGGAUCUUGGCAGUUUACAAUCUAUUGCUGUUCUUGGAAUAAUUCACGGCGCUGCAGAAGUCGUAGAACGAAGUACUAUGGUUGUCAUUGAUCACAUUUGUCACGUGAUUUGCAAAAGAACAUCAGCUCCUUGGGGAAGUUUUCGUAAUCCUCGCCGUGAGAGACUAAUGGCUGAUAUCGCUAUCAUGAGCAUGUUGCAUGAAUCAACUGCUAUAGUGUCUGUUAACGGAUUCUUGUACUUGUAUCAAUAUAUCUACUUAAAAGACGAUUCUCUUUUAGAGCUCCUACAGUCUUUUGCUAUCACAACUUCAGUUCAACUAGUGAUCGAGUGGUUUUUCACCAGCAUCUCUCUAGCGAUCGAGACUCGCUAUCAGAAUAUAGCUGUUAUGGCUGUUUGGCGAACACGAUGGAAAAGACACUUUUUAGUAGCAACUAUAAUGUCUUCUAUAUUUGCGUUAUGGAGUACCAAAUACCUUUUACCAAUUGUACACGAUCGCUUUAACAAGUUCUCAAAUCAGACUUGUAAAAUGCCCUUUACUUGAAGUUAGUAAAACGCUCGGAAAAAAAAACCCUCAGUAGUGCGUAGCGCAAUAAAUACAAUACAUUUGAGUUUCUUAUCUGAAACACUUGAAUUUCAUCUGACCACUUUAUUGAUGGCGAAAUUAAUUUUGUGUUUUAAAAAGGUGAAGAAAAAAACUACCAAGUUGUGCCAUCAUCAGAUGAACAUCAAGGCUCCAAAACAAUGUAAUGUACGAAAGCCGAGGAGGGACUUCCGACUUCUGAAUUCCGACUUCCGACUUCCGACUUCCGACUUCAAAAUUCAAAGGACCGAUUUUCGACGUAGAACUUAUUUACCUGGAGAUCGAGUCCAUUUAAAUCAAAUCAGAAUCGUAUAGACUCUUGUUCUUAGGCAUUGUAGUUUGAUUAAGAAUGAGUUUGAAUACAAUGUUUAUCACAAUUUUUAUCACCGCUGUUUGUGUUAUAUUGUUAGCCAAAUCAGACGUCAGGUUUCGGGUCAGAUUUCAUUAUUUGUAUUAUUAUGUCUCGGUAAGUUAGUGUUAAGUUAGUGUUAAGUUAGUUCGUAUUUGGGGUCAAAUUAUUGUCUUAAACCAAACAUUUCCAGCUGAAGUGAACACCAAAUAUCCGAAAUUUAUGCCCUUGAGCGAGAUGAUGAGCAUCCCCGCCUCUUUCAAAAGGGAGUUCCUCUCCACCCCGAACACUAUUUCUGAGGUAAUGUAACGCAAUACGCAGUUAAAAAUUCACAUUUCUGUUGUUUAAAAGAGUUCGGUCACGCGGUGAGACUAUUCUCUAAGCAAUCACUAUUCACGAGAAUAGACUAUUCACAGGACUAUUCACUUUGCAAUCAUAUCUGUCAAAAUUAAUUUGUUUUUCAAUGCCACCCAAUGAGAAACAGAUCACACAACGAGAUAUGUUGUUAUUAUUUACGACAUAAGCCGACGGACCAUUAUUCUCUUCUAAGGGGGAGGUGGGGGUUGGGAAUUUUCUGGGGUAUGAAUGUUUUUUCACUCAUUUCGGGUGCCCAUAAUUUUUUUGGUGGGCAAUACCUUGUGCAAGAAUUUUUUGGACAUAAAAAAAAUCAAAGUAAUGA